CUCUUGCUCUCUGAGACCCAGGAAGAGGCAGAGACAUCCAGGUCAGGACCAUUAUGCACAGGACUGUGGUGCUCUUGCUCUGUGUAUGUGUUGCAUCCACAGAUGGAUACGAGAGCACAGAGCAGCUGGAGAAGAAAUCCAAUUUCCCACCAGCGGUUUCCUUGGAUUCACCUGCCCAUGCAGGGAGCAGCCAGUGUCAAGUAAAUGGAGUUGCUUUGAAUGACAGGGCCACGUGGAUGGCCCAACCCUGCUCUGAGUGCAAGUGUCACCUUGGAGUUAUCGUCUGCCAACCCAUCCCCUGUACUAACACUGUCCACAGAAUAAAGAAGGUGAUCCACAAAACAGAGAAGAAAAAAGAGAAGCGAGACAUAAAGAAUGCCAACAAGAACAACAGGAGGGCACUGGAAGUUAAGUACAAGACAAUGGGGACUGCACCAAAUUCAGGCAAAGAAGUGAUGCUCAAGUCUGUUGUGAAGCAAAAGACAGUUGGAGGUGGACAACCUGCAGCUAGGAGAAUGCUAAAUGUGAGGGGUGCGAAACCCCAUGAGAUGAUGAAAGCACCUGAAACUCUGGGUAAAUUAAGGGACAUGAUAACAAAAAUGAAGAAACUCAAAAUUGCAAAGAAACAUCUGAUGAAUGAGGACGAUGAUGACAAUGAAGAAGAUGAUGAUGAAGACAUGGAUUCUCUCCCUGCCUUUCGUGGCCCCUUCUACCACACCUCCCACUACACCAGGAAGAAUGGAUUCAUGAAGUUCUUUCCUGCUGGGUGCCUACUGUCCGAGUCUGUAAUUGCAUGUGGGAAUGCUGGUAUGACGGAAUUACCUGUCAUUACCGAUCGCCGCAUCAGAACCCUGUACCUCCCAGAGAACAAAAUCAGAAAGAUUCCCCCCCAAGGCCUUGCCGGGCUGACCAACCUUGAGUGGCUGGACCUCAGCAAGAACAAACUUGUUGACUCCUCCCUGAGCUCAAACUUGUUCCGGAGUCUGAAAAAACUAAAAAGGCUAAAUUUGGAUGGGAACAGCCUCACCAAAAUCCCACUUCUACCACCAUCUCUGGAAGAACUCAAGAUAAAUGACAACAAGAUCAGCAUCCUUACACCCUACAGUUUUCAAGGUCUUUUCAACCUGCUAACACUGGAACUGGAGGAUAACAGGCUCCAUAAUGGGAAUGUGUCCCCGCUCACCUUCAGACCGCUCCGGAAGCUCACCUAUUUACGGCUUGAGGAAAACAAGUUCUGUGCAAUUCCCUCAGGCCUACCCUCUUCCCUACAGGUGCUGCAGCUCUCUGAAAACCGAAUUGAUGGAGUCCAAGAGGGGAUUCUGAAUAAAACGGUCCACUUGAAGGCUCUGGACCUCAGCCAAAAUCAGAUUUCGGUAGCCCGCAUUGCCCCGAGGGCAUGGACAUACCUACUUGAACUUGAGACCCUGGACCUGUCACACAACAAACUGGUUCACGUACCCUCCUACCUGCCAAAAACCCUGCGCCACCUUUCACUGCACCACAAUCAGAUUGAGCGCAUUCCCAGCUAUGUGUUCAGCCACAUGAAGCCUGGCCUGGAGUUCUUACGCUUGUCCUACAAUCGGCUUCAUGAAGAUAGGAUUCACGCUGCGUCUUUCCUGGGGUUGCAGCGUUCGCUCACGGAAUUGCUCCUGGACCACAACCUGUUGCAGUCUGUGCCAAGAGGCCUGCUGCAGCUCAAAGCCCUGGAGGUGCUGAAACUUAACCACAACCUCAUCAGGAAGGUCCCCUUGAACUCCGUCUGUGACACUCACAUCAGUGAAGACUCAACCCUUCUCUCUGUGCACCUGGAGAACAACUUUAUUGAUCGACGCCAGAUCCCACCAGCAGCUUUCUCCUGCAUCAAGAACUACCAAAGCGUGAAGCUGUGGCCUCAGAAGCAUGAAGAACUGGAAUAGACUCCACAGAUAUUAUUCCAAAUCCUUGGAAUUGGGUUUUCUGUUUUCCUGAGCACAGCAUGUGUCGUGUGUUUUUAUUCAGGAAGUGUAUGUGAUUUGGUAGGGAAGAGGUUGUAAGUAAAGGGUGCAUUCAAUGUUUGGUAUACUCAGUAUUACCUCAUAAUUAAAAAGCAAUAUGACCUACACAAGGGACUUUUGUAUUGGGGUCUUUGAAUUUUUGAAUUAGAAGUAGGCUUGGAAGUGUGCUUAUGAUAUGCAACGUGUCCAUAGCACACAUUAAAGAAAUGCAGCAACAUUUCGCUUAAAUACAUUUGCCUUCAGACA